AUGGAAUCGUCAGCAAUCAGUCCGAAAGUUACACCACGGAGUGGCGUGCAGGAAGAACGUUAUCGGCCCUAUACUGAAAUCAAUGGUUCCAGAGAGAUUGUCUUCCAUUCAAAAAGGCCACAUUUGCCAUUUCGAGUCGGCCAACGUUACUAUGCCACUGAUUUGGCUCCUGAUACUCGGGAGGAAUCAGGGAGCCUUCCGAUUUCUGAACAACGUCGACAAACGUCACCUCCACUCGAAUCACAUCCGGAGACAAAUGCGAACGUCUCCUCACAGGCAGUCUACAACCGUUCAUCCAACCAACCUUCGUCCACUAAAAAGCAAGGUGUAGAACCCGCUUCGCAGGCCCAACUCUCGCCCGUCACAUCCCAACUCCGCGUCAUUGGCCCCGAGAGCAUAUAUUCUCCGCCGAGAAGCAUAUUCCGGCAACCAAAACCUUCAUCAAGCCAUUCCUCUUUUGCUCUCAGUGCAACCACCUCGUCAGUCCCACCAUCACCGCAUUCCCCGUAUCCGGGCGCAAUUGUAUUACCAACCUCGCCUCCUACGCCCCAGUCCCAAGUUCCGUCGACUCCGCUGCCUUUUCCGAGUAUGCAUCCUGCAUCCCUUAUGCCGGGAUCCCAGGGCAAAAGUAUCGCCGAAAGAAGGAUUGCACGACAAGGAAGGGGAUAG